AGAUCAAAAUUUAAGAGAUCUAAAUUUAAGCUAUUCAAACAAUUUUAAUAAUUUAAACAAAGAAAAAUAUUUAACCUACCUUCCGCACAGUGGUUUCAAUAAUCAAAGAAUUCAAUUAGAAAAUGCAAUAUUUCUGUCAUGGUAUUUGAACAGAACUCUAAUUAUUCCACCUAUCCUACUUUUCAAAGGAAUUACGCCAAUUAUAUCACAACCGUAUGAUGAUCUAUAUAAUAUUUUAGUACGAUUUAUGCGUCCUAACGACAAUUUUGAAGAAAACAAAUUUACUUUCUGUUUUACUAAAGAUAAAACAAAUUGUAAUUUUGUAUUAUGUAUUCAAGAUGAUCAAAACAAUUGUCAGACUGCAUUUUAUACAAUGUAUAACUGGGAAAAAUUAAUGGACUUUACAUUUUUGAGACAACAUAUAAAUUACAUUCAUCGUCAAGAUUUUAAUCUUAAUCACUUAUUAGAUUCACUUCACAUUUAUAAUAGUAUUGAAGUGUAUAAUGUGACUGAUGACAAAUCUACAUAUCAACAACGAUAUUAUGAUGACCCUACAUCAACAAGCAAGCUCGGUAAAUUCCAUGAACGUGUAAAUUUAAUCGACUUAUAUAAAAGACCCGAAAAAUUAUUACAUUUUGGAACUUUAUUUUCAUCCGAUAAAAUUGUUCGACAAUUACCUGAAAGUAUAAAAUUUUGGGACAAAUUAAUAAUGAAUAAAUUAUUACCAAACAAUCCAACAAUAAUUAAUAUUGUAAAUAAUAUUAUUGAUAAAAUUGGAGGAACGAAUAAUUAUAUUGGAGUACAUGCAAGAUUAGAAGAAGGUUACUUUUUAACGAAUCAAAAAACAACGGUACAAAAGCUCAUUCAAACUAUUCAAACUGAUUUUAAACAAAUUGACAUUAAAAAUGAUAGUAAUUGUUUACCAACGAUAAUAUUUUUGGCAACCGAUGUAAAACGUAAUAAUACUUCCCUUCAACCAUUAUUUCAAACUUUUCCUUGUAUUUACUUAUUAGAUGAUUUUAAUGAUCUAUUAGAACCUUUGAAAUUUUUAAAAAAUCCCAAUGAUGGUAUGAUUUUAUAUGAAUUUUUUAUUCCCUUGGUAGAUUUAUUGAUUGUGUCAAGAGGUAAUAAGUUUUAUGGAACAGGCCGAAGUACCUUUUCAAGUUAUGCUAAACGGUUAAAUAGAAUUUGGAAACAUGGAUUAAAUGAUUAG